CCAGAAUUCGUCUGUUCGAGGAUUAGAGACCCCUUGCCAAGUUCGCAAAUUACUCUGUCCGUUCUUCUUUAGAGGCAAAGAAGGUCUAGUCCCUCAAUAACAGACAACAAGAUACAACUCAGAGGAGUACUUCUGAUUUCUAGUACAGACAGCAGGCCAGUCUUACAGGAGAUCGAGACAGAACAGCGGUUUUGUUCAGGAUCCCCUCAUUUUUAUAUGGAUUUUAUACUUUGGAUACAUUGAACGUAUUUUGGAGGAAUACUACAUUGUAACUUCUGACAUAUCAGUGGCUGAACAAGAGUGACGUCACCAAGCUUAACACAAUGGGUGGAGGUUGCUCAAGAUGCUGUGCAGGCUGGGUGACGUGUUGCUAUGGAUGCAGAAAACGCCAAUCAUAUACACAAAAGAUGUCCACUAAAACGGCUGAGCGCGUAUGGUUUUGUGUGAUGGCGUUCACAUUCCUCGCAACUCUCUUCGAUAUGUUCCUAUGGGUUUCUUCAGAUAAUGAUGCUGACAGUGUGAACGCGGGUUUCUGGAAGUCAACAGGAGUAUGGUUCCCGUUCUAUUUCACAUUUCAGAUCAUCUCUUACGUAACAUUUGGUUACAUCAUGCUUCUCAUGAUUUUUGGAUUUCUACACAUGAUUCUAAGCGAAAGACUUCAAUUACACAUGUUACACAAGAUCGGUGUAGUGAUGUCGCUUGUGAUGACGAUCACCCUCAUCGUCUUCGUUAGCAUCAGAUUACGUCAUCUCUGGCAUUUUGUGCCCGAACUUCUACAGUACAUCGGGCCAUUUCUGCAGCUGGUAGCCGUGACAGUCAUGACGUUGCUUAGUUGGUUCGUUGCCGGAGGUCUGGGUACACUGCAGAGGAGAGGUAUCCCGAUUCGCGAUGCAUCUUUCUGGUAUUUCUUGGUCCUAAUCGUUCUUUACAUCACGCCGAUUUUCAUCAAAUCACCUUGCAUUAUGACACAACAUCAUGAGGAUAACCCUCAUAAGCCCCUCCUCUUUGCUCACAAAGGGGCGGAAGAGAUUGCUCCUGAAAACACCAAUAUCUCCUUCAUGAUCGCUCUAGAUGACUACGAAGCCCAUGGAAUAGAGUCAGAUGUUAGAAUUAGCUUCGAUGGCAUACCAUACGUCUUCCAUGAUGAGAUUCUUACUCGUACCACCAAUGCCAUAGAUGUUUUUCCUGAGAAUUACCGCCAGCCAGCAGAUAUGUUCACGAUGGAUGAGUUAAGAGAGCUCGAUGCGGGGUCAUGGUUUGCUAGGAAAAAGCCCUUCCUGACGGCAUGGUUUGUGUCUGACGAGGAGAAAGAAGAGUUUAGUCAACAGGGGAUUUUGUCCAUGGUUGAGAUGUUUAACAUUGUGCUUGCUCGCAAGAAAUCUCUCCUCUUUGACGUUAGACCGCCCCCUAGCGAGCAUCCGUAUGCAACCUCAUGGCUCAAUACCACUAUUGAUGUCAUCACCAAGGAGAUCGGGCUCGAUCCCAGUGAAUUCACCUACUGGCCAGCGCCUAACGGUCCUCACUACGUCUUCUUUAUUCAACUCUAUGAUAACCGAACCAUUCAGAAUGUCUACAAUGAUAUCGCCUUUCAAUCCGUCAGAACUGCCCUUGAGAACAACGUAACAACAAACGUAUGGACAGUGAAUGAGGCGUGGCUUUUCCAAUACUACUGGUGCGCAGGCGCAGGUUCUGUCACGACGUCAUCAGUUCACACGCUGAGCGGACACAAUUCGUUAGUCUGGCAGCUGACGCCGACUCAUUAUCUGAUCAUGUGGAUCCUCUUCGAUGUCGCCUCUCUUAUUUGGGUCAUCGUCGUCUUCGUUAUUCAGAUCACAUUGCACAGGCGACAGGGCCGGCGUUUGACUCGGCACACAUCCGAUGGAUCCGCGUAUAACUAUCAGUUUGUAGCUAUGUCAGACAAACCUUCAGACAUGUAUGCAUCAUAAGGUUCACCCGGUAAUCUCAACCUCCUAUAGAUUACGGCCUCACAGAGUUCGACCCAUGCCGACGACCCAGUCGACAUGGAGGCUUCGUUGGUUCUCGUCCCCCGAGAAUCGUAAAGCUCUACGAUAAUUUCAUAUUUGCUCUGGUCUGUACGUCGUCUAAAGAAAUGAAUAACGAAACGCUUGUUUGAGCAUCGUUUCGAACCAAAACUCGAUAAAGAAUCAGGGUACUGCUCCAGUCUGAACGUCAUAUGUACGAGCAUUGUAUAACUGGGUUCAUAAACGCCAUUCACAUUGGCCUUAUCAGUCAGAUUUAAAUACCAAAGUCAAGCAACAGCAGAUACCCAAUGAAGAAAAUGGCAUUAUAGUCCAAUGCCGUUUGUUAACACUAUCUAUUUCUUUUUUUACAAUUAGAAAAUGACAUGUUUUUUUGCCAUAAAUGACAAAAUAACAUCAACAUAAAUGAAGGUUACGUUAAAAAUGCAGCUUGUUUUUUGUUCCGUAUUUUUUAAAACAUUUGUUUUCCUUUGUCAUAAAUGUAUUUGGAUCAAGAGGUGCCUUUCAGGGACUUUAUGGUGUAUGUGGUUUUUAAGCUACUUGUAAGAUACAAUUUUAAAAAGCAAAAUAAGUCGUUUUUAUUUCAUUUGAUUAAUAAUUCAAUUACUGAGGUAGACAACUACAUUUAUGUGCGCGAAUUUUGCCUAAAAUACUAUCAAUAGCGUAUGAUUUUACUCAAACAGUUCCAUCUGCUAUUUCUACUAAUUAAUUAAAGGGGAUUUGAAUUAUUUAAAAAAUACGUCCACAUCUGUGUUAAGUUAAUCGAAUUCAACUUCAGUGAUUUAAAUGAUUUUUACUGAAGUUUGAAGGUGCAUUAAUAUUUUUAGAGUAAUGACUACGUUACAAGCUAUAUAUCUGUUUCAAGUUAAUCAAAUUCAACUUCAAUAAUUGAAGUGAAUUAUAAUGAAGUGUGAUGUGAAGGUGCAUUAAUAUCUUUCGAGUAAUGACUACGUUAUAAGUUAUAGUUCAACGAUGACAGAAUCAAGGCGAUUACAUAUGUUUAUCAACCUUAAUUUUUGUAUAUUCACUUGGGAUUUUAUACAAAGGGGAAAAAAAAAUCAACAUUCUCAUUCUUUAAAAAAUUGGAUGCUAUAUAAUUGUAGAAAUGACAAUUACCAUAAUUUUAAAACAUCAUGUCAGUUUAAUAUAAUUCUGUUUUAUAUUCUGUAUGAAUAUAAUAACUUCUCUUUAACAUGAAUAUUUAAGAGACACCAUAGGAAAUAAGAAGACGUUAUUAAAAGAAAAGGAGAGAAAUGUAUUUUAAUAUUUUUUUAAUUACCAUUCACUCUGCUAGAUACAUGAUUAAUGUUAUUUCUUAUGUGGUAACAUUCGACCUAUGAAACUAAGUGACAUUUGCAGCGAAGUGUGGAGUUGUAAAUGUAUGAGAAGUAAUAGACACUAUACAUUUUGUAUUUUUAAUUGAGUCAUUUUUUUAAUUGAGUUGAAUGUAUCGUUUUUACUGAUUGUAAUGUCAUUUAUACUUUAUCAUUAUUAUAUCACUAAAAUUAACAUUGUUAUUUCACCUGCAAUUUGUAUCAUUUUAAUACAAAUUAUUAUAUUUAUGACUGUAGUAAUUGAAACUAAGGUAGGUGACAAAUAUUCUUUAAAUGCAAUUCGUCAUGUAAUAUAUUUGCUCAUUUUAAGCUAAGAAACUUUUUCUUAAACGUUUGUGAAUAUUUUUGUACGAUGAUAUGCUAGUUUAUAAAUGACAUUUUCCAUGGUUCUAUGAUUUAUGUAAUGUAUGAAAUACAUAUUUUGAUAUUCUUGUAAUCAGUUUGAGUAAGAUGUUGGGGUUCGAUUGAAAUUAAUGUAAAUUGUAUAUGACAAGCGUAGCAAAUAAACAGUUAAUAUGAAAUAAAUAUUAAUAGUGCCUUACGAAAUGUUAAGUCAUCGUGAUACACGGAUACAUAGCACUGAUUAUGCAAUAACAUAGAAAAUGGCUUUAUUUGUUAAUUGGAGCACAUCGUGUGCAGAUAAAAAUGUCUAGUUUUUUUCUAAUGUAGUGGGUGAUUUUUUUAAUACUUUUGUCUUAUUGCAAGUCUUUCAAAUACAUUUCUUGUAAAUAAAAUUAUCUACGUAUAUGAUA